AUGGAAUAUGCAUCGAGCGGAAAAGGCUGUUCGCUACAUGGAGAAUGUUCACUAUCUAUCUGUAUCUAUCUAUCUAUUCGUACUCUAUUCAUAAUCUAUCUAUCUAUCUGUCUGUCUAUUUGUGUAUGUCUGUUUUGCAUCUAUCUAUGUCAGUUCAAAGUCUAUCUAUCUAUCUAUCUAUGUGUGUAUGUCUGUCUAUGUAUCUAUGUCAGUUCAAUAUCUAUCUAUCUAUCUAUCUAUCUGUCUGUCUCUCUGUCUGUCUGUCUGUUUGACUAUCUGUCUAUUUGUGUAUGUCUAUGUAUCUAUCUACGUCAGUUCAAUGUCUAUCUAUCUAUCUAUCUAUCUAUCUAUCUAUUUAUCUAUUUGAAUAUGCCUGUCUAUGUAUCAAUCUAUGUCAGUUCUUUGUCUGUCUGUCUGUCUAUCUAUCUAUUUAUCUAUCUAUCUGUCUAUCUGUUUGUCUGUCUGUCUGUCUGCCUAUUUGUGUAUGUCUGCCUAUGUUUAUCUAUCUAUCAGUUCAAUAUCUAUCUAUCUAUCUAUCUAUCUAUCUAUCUAUCUAUUUAUCUAUUUAUCUUUCUAAUCUAUCUAUCUAUCUGUCUGUCUGUCUGUUUGACUUUGUCUAUUUGUGUAUGUCUAUGUAUCUAUCUACGUCAGUUCAAUGUCUAUCUAUCUAUCUAUCUAUCUAUCUAUUUGAGUUCUUUAUCAGUUCUUUCUGUCUGUCUAUCUAUCUAUUUAUCUAUCUAUCUGUCUAUCUGUUUUUCAAUAUCUAUCUAUCUAUCUAUCUAUCUAUCUAUCUAUCUAUCUGUCUGUCUGUCUGUCUGUUUGACUAUCUGUCUAUUUGUGUAUGUCUAUGUAUCUAUCUACGUCAGUUCAAUGUCUAUCUAUCUAUCUAUCUAUCUAUUUAUCUAUUUGAAUAUGCCUGUCUAUGUAUCAAUCUAUAUCAGUUCUUUGUCUGUCUGUCUGUCUAUCUAUCUAUUUAUCUAUCUAUCUGUCUAUCUGUUUGUCUUUCAAUAUCUAUCUAUCUAUCUAUCUAUCUAUCUAUCUAUCUAUCUAUCUGUCUGUCUGUCUGUCUGUUUGACUAUCUGUCUAUUUGUGUAUGUCUAUGUAUCUAUCUACGUCAGUUCAAUGUCUAUCUAUCUAUCUAUCUAUCUAUCUAUUUAUCUAUUUGAAUAUGCCUGUCUAUGUAUCAAUCUAUAUCAGUUCUUUGUCUGUCUGUCUGUCUAUCUAUCUAUUUAUCUAUCUAUCUGUCUAUCUGUUUGUCUGUUUGUCUGUCUGCCUAUUUGUGUAUGUCUGCCUAUGUUUCGAUGUCAGUUCAAUAUCUAUCUAUCUAUCUAUCUAUCUAUCUAUCUAUCUAUCUGUCUGUCUGUCUGUCUGUUUGACUAUCUGUCUAUUUGUGUAUGUCUAUGUAUCUAUCUACGUCAGUUCAAUGUCUAUCUAUCUAUCUAUCUAUCUAUUUAUCUAUUUGAAUAUGUCAGUCUGUCUAUCUAUCUAUCUAUAUAUCUAUCUGUCUAUUCUUUGUCUGUCUGUCUGUCUGCCUAUUUGUGUAUGUCUGCCUAUGUUUCGAUGUCAGUUCAAUAUCUAUCUAUCUAUCUAUCUAUCUAUCUAUCUAUCUAUCUAUCUGUCUGUCUGUUUGACUAUCUGUCUCUAUGUAUCUAUCUACGUCAGUUCAUUUAUCUAUCUAUCUAUCUAUCUAUCUAUUUGUAUCUGUAUCAAUCUAUGUUUGUCUGUCUGUCUGCCUAUUUAUCUAUUAUCUGUCUAUGUUUGUCUGUCCUAUGUUUUGAUGUCUGCCUAAUAUUUCGAUCUCAUCAAUAUCUAUCUAUCUAUCUAUCUAUCUGUCUGUCUGUCUGUCUGUUUGACUGUCUAUUUGUGUAUGUCUAUGUAUCUAUCUACGUCAGUUCAAUGUCUAUCUAUCUAUCUAUCUAUCUAUCUAUCUAUCUAUCUAUCUAUCUUCUUCUAUCUGUCUAUCUAUCUAUUUAUAUCAAUCUAUGUCUAUCUCUGUUUGUCUGUCUGCCUAUUUGUGUCUGUUUCGAUGUCAGUUCAAUAUCUAUCUAUCUAUCUAUCUAUCUAUUUAUAUAUCUAUCUGUCUAUCUGUUUGUCUGUCUGUCUGUCUGCCUAUUUGUGUAUGUCUACCUAUGUUUCUAUGUCAGUUCAAUAUCUAUCUAUCUGCCUGUCUCCCUGUCUCUCUAUCUCAUUCUUUUUAUAUAUAUCUAUCACACUUUGAUUAUUUCGAUAUCAACUUUUCUUACAGCCGACUUCGUCCUUUCAAUAAACGCAUCACCUCUUUCAUUUCUCUCUUCUCUAUUCAUUUUUUUAUAUAUCUUUUUAUUUCAUUUUCUCAUCUCUCUCUCUCUUUCUUUUACAUCUCUCUCUCUCUUUCUCUCUCUCUCUCUCUCAUUCCCUCUCACUCUCACUCUCUCUCUCUCUCUCUCUCUCUCUCUCCCCUACAUUUCUGUCCCUUUCUAUUCUUUCUUUCUCCGUCUCUCUUCUACUCCUUUUCCCCGCUAUCAAUCUUGUAAGCGUCUUUUUUUCACAUUUUUCACCUCAUGA